CGCUAGUAUGCAGAUAUGUGGUUACAAUAUAUGUUUUUGGAAGUUGCUGAGCUAUUGAAUGUCUGUUGGUUGGAGAUCCAAGGCAAGAUUAACUGUAGGAUGCUUUUCAAACGGACCAACUAUUCAGCUUAUCUUAUAUUCAAAUUAUCAAAUAGUGCAAGUGGCUUCAGGUUUCCUUUGCAGGAGGUGUCGGUCGCCAUAGGAGCCCAUGUCUCAAAGUUCUCGGUUCGCUUGAUGGAAGAACAAGAAUUUUCCAGGCUUCGGCCAAUUUUGCGUCGGCCUAGAAUUAUGUUGAAUAUCUUACAUCAUGCGAAUUUACCACAAGAGCCCCAAGAAGAUUUACGGGAGCCUCUGAAUGAUCCACCAGUCGAGCACCAGAUGUGCCCGACGAUGCCGAUGAACCUCAGCAUGAUCAAUUGCCAUACCCAAAUGAACAAGCACGGAGGGAUCGUGGAAUGGUUCUAAAACCUCAAACAAGGCAGGAUGGGUGGAUGGAAAUUUUGCUGGGGGAGUUCUAUAAUGAAGAAGGGGAUGAUGGGGAUGUUGCUAUGUCAUUUUUGGCCAAAGGUGGGAACUGGAAGAAUGGCCUCAUUGUGCAGGGAAUCGA